AUUAAAAAUUCUCUGUUGAGAUUCAAAGACAUAUCUAAUGACGUUUUCCAAGCUGCGUCCUUUGCCUCGCCUAGUUUCACACCUCAGACCGCUUGGGCGAAUGUUGCAGGUGCACAACGAUGCCAGCAGUCACGUGGUGCGACCAGAUUGGCACACCAUCACGGACGGUCGAUGGAACAAGGGCCUGAGUUUCACCAUUGAGGAGCGACAGCGUCUGGGCGUCCACGGACUGUGGCCGUGCUCGACACGGAACAUGGAGGAGCAGCUGUACGCCGUGGGGAUAAACUUUCAGGCGCGCAAGGACAACAUCAGCAAGUUCACGUAUAUCAACUCGCUGUCGCAGCGGCACCAGCGGCUGUUCUACCGCUUUCUCAGGGACUACACGGAAGCUGUGCUGCCCGUCAUAUACACGCCGACGGUGGGGGAGAUCAUCACCUCGUUCGGGCUGCACUUCAAGUAUCCCGAUGGCCUGUACAUCACUAUUUUCGACCGGGGCCACAUCAGGGACGUGCUCACAAACUGGAAGGCGAAGCAUGUCCGGGCCAUGUGCGUCACGGACGGGGGUCGCGUCUUGGGGCUCGGCGACAUGGGGGCCAACGGCAUGGGCAUAUCCAUUGGCAAGAUUGCCCUGUACACCGCCUUGGCUGGGGUGCCGCCGGAUCAGCUGCUGCCCGUCUGCCUGGAUGUGGGCACCGACAACGAGGAGCUGCUCGGCGAUCCGCUCUAUGUGGGAGCGCGGAUAAAGCGCGUCCGCGGCGCCGAGUACGAGGAUUUCGUUAACGAGUUCAUGGAGGCUGCGGUGGACACCUUCGGCACGGACACCUUCAUCCACCACGAGGACUUUGCCACGCCCGAUGCGAUCAAGUUCCUGAAGAAGUAUCAGUACUCCUACUGCUGCUUCAACGACGAUGUUCAGGGCACAGGCGCCACGGGACUGGCCGGCAUGCUCAACGUGGAGCGUGUGACCAAACGGAAGCUGCAGGACAUGGUCUUUCUGUUUGCCGGCGCAGGGAGUGCCGCCCUUGGCAUUGCCAAUAUGCUGCUCACGGCCCUGAAAAGCCGAGGUCUCACCUCCGAGGAGGCUGCCAGCAAAAUCUAUCUGUUCGACCAGAACGGUCUCGUGACGUGCGCAUCGGACAAGAUUGAGGCGCAGGCCAGGAAGUUUGCCAAGCCCAUGGAUCCGAUCAAAGACCUCGCCGCCGCGGUGGACCAUCUGAAGCCCUCGAUUCUCUUGGGGGCCACUGGCGUGGGUUCACUCUUCUCCGAGCAGGUGCUCCGAUCAUUGGCAAAACACCAGGAGCGACCUGCCGUGUUUGCGCUCUCAAACCCCACCAACAGGACCGAGUGCACGGCCGAGCAGGCCUACAAUUUCACAGAGGGUCGAGUGCUGUUCUGUUCGGGAUCGCCGUUUCCGCCCGUGGUGUUCAAUGGCAAGCGCUUCACACCCGCGCAGGCCAACAAUUGUCUGGUGUUUCCGGGUAUAGCUUUGGGGGCAAUUUGUGCACGGGCCCGCUUUCUGCCGGACGACGUCUACUCCGAAGUGGCCGUCACGCUGGCCAAGAGCACCUCCGAGGAGCGACUGGCCGCCGGCAGCUUGUAUCCCGCCAUCAAGGAGGCCCACUCCUUGGCCUUGGACGUGGGCGUCACCGUGUGCCAGUAUCUGUUUGAAAACGGCCUGUCAAAUAUCUAUCCCGUGCCCAAGGAUGUGUGCGAAUUCGUUCAGAAAACUCAGUACAGACUGGUGUACGAGAGCGCUCUGCCGCCCACCUGGCCGUAUCCUGAUUUUCCUGCCUGUCAAGGCAAAGAUUGCAAAGCGAAGCCUCUUUUGUAAUUAGAUACAACUCCCACACAGAUACUCACACCUGCACACAUUCAGAUACUCGUGUAUCUGGUUCUCUCAGAAUGGAGGAGGCGGUAAAUGCUCGA